UAGGUCAUGAGACCGAGAACCGAACAAAGAAGAAAAGGACUCGCCUAAAUCGUCAAGAAUUCGAGCUGUUUUACGUACAUUGGUCAGCAAACAACAAAGACAUGGCCGCAGGCGGUGGUCAUUCUGGCCAGCAUUCACACCUGGUGGAUGAGCUGGAGACUUCCUUCCACACCCUCUUCUCCUCCCUGGUCAACCAAGACCACGUCAACAUCGUGGAACAGGACGAGAUCAAGACCAGCGUGGAGCAGAAUGUGCAGAAGUUCCUUGACACGGCCAAACAGAUCGAGUGCUUCUUCCUGCAGAGAAGACUGCUGCUGUCCAGCCAGCGUCCCGAACAGAUCCUGAAGGAGGACAUCCAGGAACUUCGGACGGAACUGCAGAGAAAGGAGGCGCUGAUACAGAAACAUCAGCAGAAGAUUGCGCAGUGGCAGACCGUGUUGGCUGAUAUCAGGGGGCUGGGGCGUCGGCCGUCCCAGGCACCCCCGCAGCAGGAUGGUAUGUCCCAAGGUGCGUCGUCCUCACAGGUGCGCCCACCAGCGCCUGGAACUCCAGGUACGCCCACGAUGAUCGGCCCGGGGGGUCAGCACGGGAUGAUGUGGUCCCAGCACGGCAUGGCGGCGGGACCAGGGGUAGGGCCGCUGGCUCACCUGGAACAGACGGCCUCCAGUCUGGGGAACCUGGGAGGCAGCUUCGGCAGCUUUGACAGAGGGGGGAGUUUCGACAGAGCAGGCAGCUUUGACAGACGAUAACUCACAUACAGAUGCUGUACAUAGUGGAAUAUCUUUUGUAUAUGAUUCUGAUUAUCAUGGUUAAUAGUACAUGUACUUAACACUUUGUUAGUCUUUGUUGACACUUGGACCUGCUUACAGUUUUGUCUUUGAAGGAAAAAAUACCACUCCUUGUAAACCAGCAAAGUAAAGCUAUUAUGUUUUUUGUAACAGUAACCUUACCCUUAGACCUAAGGUCCUGUGGAUAGCAAAAUUGUGGACAAUUUUGUGUUCAGAGAUACAUGUUGUAUAGUUUCUACCAACCAGUAUAAUAAGUUUUGAUGGCUUGUCUUGCCAAAAGCAUUCCAAAUGUAUAAUCAAUACUUAUAUAACGUAACUAAUCUCCAAGCAGUUUUUUUUGUUGGCUACAAAGACAGUAUAGUACUAGUACCCAUUUGUCUUUGCAGACUAAAGGAGGUGGCAAAUGGAUACUGCCUGGCCAAUUUGAUACUGUCUUUGCUGCCACCAAAAUAUGCCUGAAUUUACUACAUGUUUAUGUGAUGAAUAUAUUAGGUCCACCCAUACGUGUAUGUAGGCCAUUUUGAAAAUAAACUGAGAUAACCACCUUUGAUUGGGUGAGCCUUGUUGAUAUUAUUCAAUUAUGAUUUCUAUCAUGUUGAUAUCAUAUAUCAUAUAAAGAACAAAAAGAACUUUCAAUUUUGCCUCAUUUAAUGACAAGUGUCAGGAUUUCUAAUACAGAUCACAUGGAUGUAUACAGGUUCUGUGCUGGGAGGGGAUUUCUCUCAAUAGUGUUUAUCACAAUAAUGGAGUAUGACAAAGGCAAUGUCAAU